AUACCAAGAUUUAGAAGAAUGUUUUAAAAUGCUGAAAUAGCAGAACAGUUAACAUGGCAUGACACUAACAAGAGUCAAGAUGGCAUGAUGCGCCAUCCAGUUGACUCAUUGGCUUGGAAGAGUAUAGAUAGGAAUUGGCCUUCCUUUGCAUCUGAGCCUCGUAAUCUCAGACUUGGUCUUUCUUCUAAUGGAUUUAAUCCUUUUGGUGAUUUCAGUUCUCGUUAUAGUUGUUGGCCUGUGAUUUUGGUUACAUAUAACCUUUCCCCUGCUGUUUGCAUGUCCAAGGAAAAUUUAAUGCUUACAUUACUCAUCCCUGGGCCGAAGCAACUAGGGAAUGAUAUAGAUGUAUAUUUAGAGCCACUUAUAGAUGAUUUGAAAGAGUUAUGGUUGAAUGGGGUGAGUGUGCAUGACGCAUUUAGGGACGUCACAUUUAACUUGAAAGCUGUGUUAAUGUGGACCAUAAAUGAUUUUCCUGCAAAUGGAAAUUUAUCUGGCUAUUCCACGAAGGGUAAAAAAGCAUGUCCAGUUUGUGGUGUUCAGACUUGCUCAAAAUGGCUAGUAAAUGGAAAGAAACAUGCAUACAUGGACCAUAGGAGGUUUCUUCCCCAUGAUCACCCCUUCCGCUCAAUGGCAUCUUCCUUUGAUGGAACCGAAGAACAUCGAUUGAAGCCUAAACAGUUAACCGGUUCUGAAAUUUACCAAGUUGUCCAAAAUAUUAAAAAUGAUUGGGGAAAGAAAAAGAAAGGUGAUAACAGAAAGAUGAUGAGAGGUAAUCGAAAAAGAAAAAAAGGUGGAUUAAAUAGUUAUGACGAUGAUGGUGAUAAUGAUUGUGAUGAUGAUGGUGAUGAUCCUAUGAAGCUUACAAAGCGAUGGAAGAAGAAAUCAAUCUUCUUUGAGUUGCCAUAUUGGCAGCAUUUGCUAUUGCGUCAUAAUCUUGACAUGAUGCACAUAGAAAAGAAUAUUUGUGAGAGUAUUACUGGCACUUUCUUGAAUAUGAAAGGAAAAACAAAGGACAACUUGAACUCUCGCAAAGAUUUGAGAGAAAUGGGAAUUUCAAAAAAAUUGCAUCGGAGAAAUGAUGGAUCUAGUUCUUCUAAAGGAACUACACCACUAUUUGUGUUUUUAAAGGAGGAGAAGCAGAUCUUCUGUAAGAGGGUAUUUAGCUUGAGACCACCAAAUGGAUACAGUUCAAAUAUUUCCAGUCGGGUAUCAUUAGAAGAGCUUAAGAUCUUUAAUCUGAAGUCCCAUGAUUGUCAUGUCCUAAUACAACAAGUGUUGUCAGUAGCGUUAAGAGGUCUUUUACCAAAAGGGCCAAGAGUUGCUAUCUUUCGGCUUUGUGAUUGUCUGAAUCAGCUGUGUCAACGAGUGAUUGAUAUAAGCAAAGUAGAGCUGCUAGAAAAUGAGAUUGCUAAAACUUUAUGCAUGCUUGAGAGGUUUUUUCCUCCAUCUUUCUUUGACGUUAUGGUCCAUCUACCAAUUCAUCUUGUACAAGAAGUUCUUAUUGGCGGCCCCGUACACCUUCGUUGGAUGUUUCCAUUUGAAAGGUAUGUGGGUGUCUUAAAUCAGCAUGUUAAAAAUCGUUCUAACCCUGAAGGAAGUAUAGCAGAAAAUUAUCUUGCUGGAGAGAUUACACGCUUUUGUAGUGGGUACAUUAAACAAGCUACUAAUAUAGGUCUUCAACAGAAGCGUAAUGAUAUUUUUGAAGAUGAAACCAUAUUAGAAGGGCAGCCUUUUGGUCGGAAAAGGAAAAGGCCUUUGACUUCUAGUAUGUUAGAAAUUGCUCAUCGUUAUGUGUUGGCAAAUACUACAGAACUUAAUCCAUGGAAAGAAUUGCAUAAAGAUGAGCUUAGGCUUAAUGAUGGGCGUCUUGCUAAGAAUGAACACCUUCUGGAAAAAAAACAUCAGAACACUUUUAGUGAUUGGUUGGCUAACAUAGUUAGAUCUGGUGACUGUGGUGAUAUGUCAAGUACAGUGAGGUGGAUUGCAUGUAAGCCUAAAAAAGAUGUUUUGUCAUGUUCAGGCUAUAAGAUCAAUGGAAACAGAUUUCACACUAGGGAGGCUGAGAAAGUGAGAAAGUGA